CGAGAUGACGUGGGGAGGCAGCGGUUCAAACUCUUUGCAUUUUACAGUUUACAGGAUAGAAAUCAAGGGUUGCGAACAGCUAUCAAGAUCAGUGAUGCUUCUGAGAGUGAAAUAAAACAGCAAGACGCCUAAAAAGUACAUACAACCUACAUAUCAGCAUCACACACACACACACACACACACCCUCUCUCUGUCUCUCGCGCGCACCAUCAUCUCUCUCUCUCUCUCACACACACACACUCGCCAUCUCACUCGUCACACCCGCUCCUCGGAACCGCUGCUCACCGAUUCUCACCGAACCGUAGCAUCCGAACAGCUCCAGCAUGUCCUCGGAAGGAUUGGGCGAGACUUUGGUGAUUCGCUUCGGGCUGAUAAACGCCGGAAACAAAUAUCUGACAGCGGAGACGUUCGGUUUCAAAAUCAACGCCUCGGCGAGCUCCAUGAAGAAAAAGCAGGUGUGGACCCUGGAGCAGUCCGGUGACCACGGAGACUCCAAUGCCGUGUUCAUCAAAAGCCACCUGGGUCGCUACCUCGCCACCGACAAGGACGGCAACGUGACGGCGGACAGCGAGCAGCCCGGCCCGGACUGUCGGUUCCUCGUGAUCGCCCACGACGACGGCCGGUGGUCCCUGCAGUCCGAGACCCACUCGCGCUACCUGGGCGGGUCCGAGGACCGGAUCGCGUGCUUUGCGCAAAGCAUCUCGCCUGCGGAGAAAUGGAACGUGCACCUGGCCGUCCAUCCUCAGGUGAAUGUGUACAGCAUCGCGCGCAAGCGGUACGCGCACUUGUGCACCGGGAGGAACGAGCUCGCCGUGGACCGCGAUGUGCCGUGGGGCGUGGACUCGCUGCUCACGCUCGUCUACCUGGAUCACCGGUAUCACCUACAGACCGCCGACAACCGGUUCCUCACGUGCAGCGGUGACCUGACGACCAAAGCGGGCACGGGCACCGGGUUCACGCUGGAAUUCCGCGCGGGGAAGGUGGCUUUCCGGGACGCCACGGGCAAAUACAUCGCGCCCACGGGCCCCACCGGGACCAUGAAGUCUGGCAAGAGCGCGCGCGUCGGCAAAGAUGAGCUGUUUGUCCUCGAGCAAAGUCACGGGCAAGUGGUGCUUACCGCCAGCAACGAGAGAAACAUCUCCAUGCGCCAGGGGGUUGAUUUAUCAGCCAAUCAGGAUGAGGAGUCUGAUCAGGAGGUGUUUCAGAUGGAGAUGGACUGGGAGACAAAGCGCUGUGCUUUCCGAUCUUGCAAUGGGAAGUACUGGAGUCUCACCCUAAGUGGAGCGAUCCAGUGCUCUGCCUCCACUAAAUCCCCCAGUUGUUUCUUUGACCUUGAGUGGAAAGGGUCAAAAGUCGCACUGAAGGCUAGUAAUGGUAAAUACUUGGCAGCCAAAAAGAACGGACAGCUGGCGGCUUCUGUGGACUCUGCAGGUGAGCAGGAGGAGUUUGUGUUGAAGCUCAUCAACAGGCCAUUGAUAGUGCUGCGUGGGGAACACGGCUUUAUUGGUUGCCGCAAACAAGGAACUGGAACACUGGAUUCCAACCGCUCAUCCUAUGAUGUCUUCCAGUUAGAGUACAACAACAAUGCUUACAGUCUCAGAGACUCAGUGGGGAAGUAUUGGACGGUGGAGGCAGAUGGCUCUGUGAUCAGCAGUAGUGACACACCUGUCUAUUUCCACUUUGAGUUCUGUGAUUAUAAUAAAGUGGCCAUUAAGACAAAGGAGGGCAAGUAUCUUAAGGGAGACCAUGCUGGGGUGCUCAAAGCCAGUGGUCAGGGCAUUGCUGAUGCAACAUUGUGGGAAUACUGAGAAACAUUCAGCAGUCUACACACACAAACUAACAUGUGUGUUCUCUAAACCUAUACUUAAACAUAACACAUUCUCUACAGCAUAAGCACAUGAUAACAUACAGUCCAUAUCACACAACAUACAAAAAUAUCUCAACAUAAUCGAAUGGAUCAAGGCACAAAAACACAUUUGAAUGUAUAAGUAUAAACAAAUGCACAAAUGAUCACAAUGCGCAAAUUAUUUUAAUCUUUAAAUUAAAUUAAAUAGUUCAGACGAAGUUAAAAAAUGCAUUGGACCCUUUUGAUUUUCAUUUUAUAAAGUCAAUGGGAGCCAAAACUGGUUAGUUAUCAGCAUUCUACAAAAUAUCUUCUUUUGUGUUCAGCAGGAGAAAGAAAGGGAUACAGGUUUGGAACAAAAUAAAUGAUGACAGAAUUUUCAUUUUGGGCUGAAGUGCCCCUUUAAGAAGCACAAGUUGAAGGUGCACUGAUAAAAUGUUUUUAAUAACUGGAUAAGUGUUACACAAACUGUUGAUGUUCUUUGCUCAAACUCAAGAUAGCAUUAACACUUUACAAUAAGCUUUCAUUAGUUAACAUAUAGUUAACAUGAACUACAACACUUCUACAGUAUUUAUUCAUCUUAGUUAAGGUUAAUUUGAACACUUACCAAUACAUUUUUGAAAUCAUUAGUUAAUGCACUGUGAGCUAACAAACAAACAGUUUAACAUUAACAUUGACUAAUAAAUGUUAUAUAAACAUUAUUUCAUGUUAUUUAAUAUAUCAACUAAUGUUAAUAAAUGUGACUUUAUGUAAAGUGCUACCAAGAUAUCUGAUCAAUGGGGUUAUGAAUCUUGCAAAAAAGCAUUAACCAAUUUUAUGCACAUCAUGUAGGCUCAUUCAAGUAACUGUCAUUCCCUCUAAAUGCUUUCAUGGCCUUAUUUUGCUUCUUAUAAUAUCUGUUUCAAUGAAAUUUAGAAUCUAAAUGUGGUAUUACAUAAUGGUCAAUAAUUUGCAUAUGCAAACUGGGCAUACAGCCGUGUCUCAUAAGACGAGCCUUCGGCCAUAGGGUUUGUUUCUGCUCCCAAAAACAUUUUUAGACUGAACUGGCUUCUGUAAUGAGGCCAGGUUUUAAAUAGCGGCUCAGAAAACCUGGAGAAAUAGGCUUGUUCACAUCAGAGAGAUUCAGAUAUCCUUACACUCACAUACACAGGCACACAAAGUCAUUUAUUUGAAGUCAGAUUGUUUCUUGUGGUGUUUAUGGACAUUUUGGGUUACAUGACUUAUAUUCAGCAUUAUUCUGACUAUACUGGAACAUCAGUGUUUUUUAUGUAACUCUAGCUUAUUGGUGAUAACAUGUUGAUUUGCACUUUUUCGGCUAAAGCUUUUUCAUGUGAAUGUGUUGAAAGAAAAAGACAAAGUGUUUGUGCCUUCCUUAGUGGGAUAAGAUCUCCUAAGGUGUGAAAAUGCAUUUUUUUUCUUUUUCUUUUAUUCUCAUUAUGUGCCAUUUGCAACUAGACAUGACAAUGAAAUAAACAGACAAUGUCAUAAAGUAAA